AUGGCGGACCAACUCAACGGCGACAUGGGCAACCUGUCCCUCGGCUCUCCCCAGCCCUGCCAGCACCCUGGCCAGCAGCCCACCGCUCGUUCCUACAUUCCUCCUCACAUGCGCGGCAAGAUGGGCUCCCCCGGCGGCCCGAUUAACUCCCCUCCCAUCAAUUCUCCUCCUCAGCCGGGUCCGGGCCCCGGCCCCGGCCCCAUGGGUGGCCUCAACAACAGCGCUUGGGCUGGCAAUAACAACUUCGAUGCCCGCGCUGGCGGCGGUGGCAACUGGGGCGGCGGCGGCGGCGGCGGCUAUGAAAAUGGCCCUCAGCCUCAGCCUUGGGGCGGCCCCCGGGGCGGUGGUCGGUGGAUCGAGGGCAAGCAUGUCAUUGGUAACAGCGACCCUCGCCUGGAGCGGGAUCUCUUUGGCACUGCCGACGACCCGAGCAAGCAGCACACCGGCAUCAACUUCGAGAAGUACGACGAUAUCCCGGUCAACCCCUCCGGCCGUGAUGUGCCUGAUCCGGUUUUGACCUUCAGCAACCCCCCGCUGGAUGCUCACCUGCUCUCCAACAUUGAGCUUGCUCGCUACCAGAUCCCCACUCCGGUUCAGAAGUAUUCCAUCCCCAUUGUCAUCAACGGCCGCGAUCUUAUGGCUUGCGCUCAGACCGGCUCCGGCAAGACUGGCGGUUUCUUGUUCCCCAUCAUGCACCAGUCUUUCACCCAGGGCCCUUCGCCUGUUCCCGCUCAAGCCGGUGGCGGCUACCGCCAGCGCAAGGCGUACCCGACUGCCUUGAUCCUCGCUCCCACCCGUGAGCUUGUUUCCCAGAUCUAUGAGGAAGCCCGGAAGUUUGCUUACCGCUCGUGGGUGCGCCCUUGCGUCGUCUACGGUGGUGCCGAUAUCGGCUCCCAGCUUCGCCAGAUGGAGCGCGGCUGCGAUCUUCUUGUUGCUACCCCGGGUAGACUUGUCGACCUCAUAGAGCGUGGUCGCAUCUCGCUCUGCAACAUCAAGUACCUCGUGCUGGACGAGGCUGAUCGCAUGCUUGACAUGGGUUUCGAGCCCCAGAUCCGCCGUAUUGUUCAGGGUGAAGACAUGCCGACUACUGGUCAGCGUCAAACGCUCAUGUUCUCGGCCACAUUCCCCCGCGACAUCCAGAUGCUCGCCCAGGACUUCCUCAGCGACUACGUUUUCCUUUCGGUUGGUCGUGUUGGCUCCACCUCGGAGAACAUCACCCAGAAGGUCGAAUACGUCGAGGACGUCGACAAGCGGUCCGUCCUCCUGGACAUCCUGCACACCCACGCCGGUGGUCUCACUCUUAUCUUCGUCGAGACCAAGCGCAUGGCCGAUUCCCUGUCGGACUUCCUCAUUAACCAGAACUUCCCGGCCACCUCCAUCCACGGUGACCGCACCCAGCGUGAGCGUGAGCGCGCUCUGGAACUGUUCCGCAACGGCAAGUGCCCCAUCCUGGUUGCCACUGCCGUUGCCGCUCGUGGUCUCGAUAUUCCCAACGUCACUCACGUUAUCAACUACGACCUUCCCACCGACGUUGACGACUAUGUGCACCGUAUCGGUCGUACCGGCCGUGCCGGUAACACGGGUAUUGCGACCGCCUUCUUCAACCGUGGCAACCGCGGUAUCGUCCGGGAGCUUCUGGAUCUCCUCAAGGAGGCUAACCAGGAGGUUCCCGCUUUCCUCGAGACCAUUGCCCGCGAGUCAUCCUUCGGUGGCGGUGGUCGUGGCCGUGGUGGCGGCGGUCGCGGUCGUGGUGGCCGUGGCGGUAACACCGAUUUCCGCAAGUACGGCGGUGGUGGUGGUGGUGGCGGCUUCGGCGGCGGCGGCGGUGGUUUCGGCGGUGCCCAGCAUGGCUCCGGUGGCGGCGGCGGCUUUGGCGGCGGUGGUGGCUACGGCGGUGCGCCCCCCAGCGGCGGCUAUGGCGGUGGUUACAGCGGUGGCUACGGCGGCGGCGGUAGCUACGGCAACCCCGGUGGUGCCGGUGCCCAGUCCUGGUGGUAA